AUGCAGCCCAACUUCGCAAACAAAUCAACGGCCUUUAUUUCCGGUACGUAUACCUCGGUACGGAGAACAAGGUUGGAGCCGAGUGGGAAACAUCUACGAAUGAGCGCUAUUUUGCUGUUUAUGAAAGAGUGGCAUAACUGCGAGUCUAGUUUUGCCGGAAUGAGCAGUGCUAGGAACAGGCAACUACCUGCCACUGGGGAGGAAAAUUUGGACACAUUGGAUGACCUAAAUCACACCGAACCCAUUCGAUAUAGCCCACCUACACCAAAAGAAAGUGGCGACAGAUCAAGGAGUUGCAAGUGUGGGUGA